AUGAUUUUCUCUUCGUAUUCACACUGUUCAUCCAGAAGACUCAUCAUCAAUCUUAAAACCCCCUUCACAAUGCCGAUCACCAGCGAUUUCAUCCUUGACGUCUCGAAGUUCCGCCCGGAGAACGUCACGGAGUCAACGAAGAAAGCUGCAGCUCUCCUAGAAGACAUCACCACCAAUGGCCCCCGAUGGUGGGAGGUAGGCAUCGAAAAAUAUCGUGAGAUGCGGGAGCUUGGUCAAACACCGCUACCCAAGCCCGUCUAUCUCCCAGAGGCUCUCGACGGCACUGUUCCUUCGCGCGACGCUGGUCGUGAGAUCCCCAUCCGUAUCUACAAGCCCGACAAUGGCCAGCCCAGCAAAGGCAUCUUCCUGCACUUCCAUGGGGGCGGUUUCGUGCUCGCAACGCACAAACACUCCGAUAGCACCCUCCGAGAAUAUGCCAACAAGUGCCAGCUCACAGCUAUCUCAGUCGGAUACCGUCUGGCCCCGGAACACCCCUACCCGGCUGCCGUGCACGAUGCUAUUGAUGCCGCCGAGUACAUGGUGGACCACGCGGUAGAGGAAUACGGCGCUCCCCUCCGCUUUCUCGGUGGAGAAUCAGCAGGGGCCUGUCUCGCCACCCUGUCAGCCCUACAGCUAAUACGGUCACGGCAAUCUUACAAACUGUCGGGUAUCGUUCUUCCUUACGGCUUAUUCGAUCUGACCCUCGGGCUUCCCACGGUGGCGGCUUCCACCAAGCCCGUCAUGAUCAAUUUGGCGAUAUUAGAGCGAUUCAACGGCGCCUAUGUGCCGGGAAUGAGCACCGUCGAGCGCAAAAUUCCUUCUGUGUCUCCACUAUAUGAGGACCUCCGGGCACUUGUUGCGGCCUCCGGAACAUCGUUGCCCCCCGCUCUCUUCCUCUGCGGAACGGAUGACCCGCUACUUGAUGACACGAUCUUGAUGAGUUCCAAGUGGAGCAUUGCCGGUGGCGAGGCUAUCGUUAAAAUCUACCCUGGUGCCACUCAUGGUUUUACUGCGUUUCCCGGUCUGCCUGUGGCAGAUGAGGCAAAUGCGGUGACCCUAGGUUUCUUGCAGGAGAAAUUGAGCGACUCGGCGUGA